UCAAUACCAACCAUCCGGGAGCAGGCCAGUGAGGACACAUCCAAUUUUGAAGCUGCCAGCACCUCACAUGCUACCAGCAGAUUACCUGUGAUGACAGAUUCUGCAUGUCAGACUGACCCACCCAAGUACCGUACUGUUCGUACACAGCUAUCCUCGAGGACUCUUGGUUCACAUCGAAGUACAGCUGUCCAGGCUAAAAUUCCCUGCAGAAGCGUUGGUGUCGAAACACUUCCGUUGGAAGUGCCAGUGCCCUUUUUAACAUCCACCCCCUUAAAGAGACCACCAAAGAGGCCCCGUGUGGAUCUUGAAGAGGAAUACGAAGAUCCAUUUGAGGGAAGCUCUUCUUUGGUGAUUUCCGAAGGCCAGGAUGCAACUUAUGAUCCAGCAGAAUCCAUAACAAAUGCUACAGAAACAACAGCCAUGUCUGGUCAAGAACAAAACCCCCCCCAGACGAUCAACACAUACAUCGUGUAUGAGACCUGCCUCAUGGAGCUUUUUGAAUCAUGUCCUGUGUGCAAGCGUGUGUGUAAUGUACAAACCAGAAGGAUCGGUACAUUCAUAUCAGUGCAGCAGCUGUGCCCCCAUUGUCAGUUUACAAGAAACUGGAAUAGCCAGCCUGUUCUUGGGAGUACUCCAGUUGGAAACCUGCAGCUAUCAGUUGCAACAUAUGUCAACAGAGCAUCUUUCUACAAACUUUCAAAGGUCUUCAAACAAUGAAUAUGCAGCUAUGCAAAUACAACACCUUCCGAAGGCAUGCCAGGAUGUUCAUUGAGCCAGCGAUUGUUUCUUACUGGCAAAAAUCACAGGAAGGCAUGCUACAG